AGGGAUCGGUCUAGUGAAUGAGUCGGGGCAGUGGGGGGGGCAGCGGAAAGGACAAAGGAGUCUGGAGUGCGAUGUCUGUGGCUGUCUUGAAUUUCGAGAUCGAUCGAGUUUCCUUUUGGGAUUUUUGGCGUUGUCAUCUUGUUGCUCGGGGGUGGGUGGUUGGGUGGUGAAUGGUGAGAGGGUCGAGAACAAUUGUUGGCAUCUUUGGGGAUUCCGCGGUUUGUUUGAAGAGAAGAGACUCGCGUCUUGUCACAUAAAACGAACGAGUCGACCCGAUCACUGACCAGCCUCCCGAACGCUGAUCGAUUCUCUCUCUCUCUCUUUCUCUCUUUCUCAGACAGUCGAGGAGGAGCAGGACGAGGAGGUGAGGGAGUGAGAAGCAGUGCCGGCACCGGCUGCAGCAAUGGAGGUCGAUUGGAUCCCCGAGUUCAUGAUCGUCUCCGACCUGGAUAACACCAUGGUGGAUCACAAGGACCCCGACUACACCUCACUGCUCAGAUUCGACGCCUUGUGGGAAGCUUAUUACCGCAUGAAUUCUCUGCUCGUCUUCUCGACGGGAAGGUCCCAGGUUCUGUACAAUGAAUUGAGGUCGGAAGUGCCUCUUCUCACCCCCGGUAUCGCCAUCAUGUCCGUGGGGACAGAAAUCAGGUACGGAGACACGAUGGAGGAGGACAAGGGCUGGGUGAAAGAACUUGACGUCGGCUGGAAUCGUUCCAUCAUCGUGGAGGAGGCAGAGAAGCUGAAUCUGAAGUUCCAGUGCGAGUCCGAGCAAAGGCCCCACAAAGUCAGCUUCCAUGUUACGAAAGAAGAUGCGCCUGAAGUCAUUAAGAAGCUGACAGAAGCUUACACAGCUCACAAGCUGAAAUUCAAAUUCAUCUACAGCGGAGGAAUCGAUCUGGACGUCCUCCCUGAGGGCGCAGGAAAGGGUCAAGCUCUUGCCUACCUGCUGAAGCAGUUCAAAAUCAAAGGAACCACUCCCAAAAACACUCUCGUUUGCGGAGAUUCCGGCAACGAUGCCGAACUUUUUGAGGUUGCAGACGUACAUGGAGUCAUUGUUGGAAACGCACAAGAGGAGUUGCUGCAAUGGCACGAGCAAAAUGCCAAGUCGAGAUCAAACGUUUUCCUUGCAACAGAGAGAUGUGCAGCUGGUAUCAUACAGGCCAUGCAGCACUUCAACUUCACGCCCAAUAUUUCACCUCGAGAUUUGCCGACACCUUUGAUCAAAGAAGCAACACCGGAAGGUGCAAUCGCAGUGGCCCAUGAGAUUGUAGAGUUCCAACUCCUCUUUGAGAGAUGGUUCAAGGGAGCGGUGGAAAACUCUGAUGAAGUCUUCCAGCGCCUGAAAGCCACUCUGCUUCCGGAGUGUGUAUUGGUCAACCCUUGGGGGGUGCAAGUUAAGCCCUUGGUAGCCAUCGAAAUGGCCAGACCUCUGUAUGGUAGUCUGAAGGGCAAAAACUUCCGAAUCUGGAUCGACCGAAUCCGUAUAAAUCAGAUCUCAGAGGAAGUAUGGGCUGUACAGUUCGACAAGUGGUUAAAAUCAGAUAAGGAGCUGAGCUGCCGCUUGACCUCUGGUCUUUUGAAGAAGAAGGAUGGUACACCAAAUGGCGUGGCGUGGUUACACAUUCAUGAAACCUGGCUUCUGGAUUACGCUGGACCGACACCCAGGUAUGUGAAAGGGCCCAAGUCCGCUUGACGUGCACGGUCGACAUGCGUGCAGUCCUGCCGAUUGUAGGUAUCCAUUUUGGCGGUGAUCGGGUCAAAUCGGAGAUUUGAAGUAUUAUGAUUCUUUCACAUGUUGUACCAUGUCCCUACGAGGUAAAUCAUGGGUCGAGAAAGGCCUGGUGCAACAAAGCUGUAAAUACCCAGCAUAAGCACUCGCUCUUCUUGCUAGCCUGUGAUUGGGUGGCGAGUUUUUUUGUAAGGAGUAGCGCUUAAUAAAAUCAAAACGUGAGCAGAAGAUUACCGGA